AUGAAGGUCUCCGUGAAGACGCUCAAGGGCUCCAAAUUCGAGAUCGAAGUGAACCCCGCGGACAAGGUUUCUGAUGUAAAGAAGCUCAUUGAGAGUUCACAAGGGCAGAAUGUGUACCCAGCUGAUCAACAAAUGCUCAUUUACCAAGGGUCAGUUCUUAAGGAUGAGACUACGUUGGAGGAAAACAAAGUUGUUGAAAACAACUUUCUUGUGAUAAUGCUUAGACAGAAUAAAGGCUCAUCAAGUGCAGCUCCAGCUAAAUCCAAGGAACCCUCAAAUCAGGCACCCCCUACUCAGACAGUGCCUGCUACUCCUGCCUCUCAAGCACCAGCCACACCAGCACCUCAAGCAGUGGCUGCGCCAGCACCUAUUGUACCUGUUAGUGCUCCUGGUCCAGCUGCCACCGCCUCCCCAGCUCCUGCUGUUGCUGUCUCCACUGAAGCAGAAACUUAUGGUCAGGCUGCUUCAAACCUUGUCGCGGGAGGCACCCUAGAGGCAACAAUUCAGUCAAUUCUUGAAAUGGGCGGUGGAACAUGGGACAGAGACACUGUGCUGCGUGCCCUACGUGCUGCAUUCAACAACCCGGAGCGGGCUGUUGAGUAUUUAUAUUCUGGUAUUCCUGAGCCGAUGGAGAUUCCUGCACCACCACCAAGUGCCCAGCCAGCUGAUCCUGCCCAGGUUUCACAAGCAGCUCAACCUGCAGUUGCCUCUUCUGGUCCUAAUGCUAGCCCCUUGGACCUCUUCCCUCAAGCCCUGCCAAAUGCUUCAGCAAAUGCUGCUGGUGAAGGAAAUCUGGAUGUUCUACGAAACAAUGCACAGUUCCGAAGCUUACUUUCUUUAGUGCAGGCCAACCCUCAAAUCUUACAGCCAUUGCUUCAAGAGCUGGGAAAGCAAAACCCUCAGAUUUUGCAGCUGAUUCAGGACAACCAAGCAGAGUUCCUUCGUUUAAUCAAUGAGCCAGCUGAGGGCGAUGAAGACGAGAAUCUCCUGGAGCAGUUUGCUGAGGGAGUGCCCCAGACCAUAGCUGUCACUCCUGAGGAGAAUGAAGCUAUACUUCGUCUUGAAGGAAUGGGCUUUGACCGGGCGCUUGUUCUGGAGGUGUUCUUUGCCUGCAACAAGGAUGAGACCCUGGCCGCAAACUACCUGUUAGACCACAUGAACGAGUUCGACGAUGGAGCGCCGCAACUUAACGACAGCGUAUAA